GCGGGUGGCGGGAAGUGCACUAGGUUUGAAAUUGGAAAGUUGGCGGGAGCUGAGUCUGGAGCUCGGCUGUUGGCUAGAGUGGGCGCGGAUCUGGUGUGGGGAAGGCGAAGGGACUCAGGCCUGCCUGCGAAGCAUUGUCCUACAUAAUGGUAGAGGAUGAACUGGCACUGUUCGAUAAAAGCAUAAAUGAAUUUUGGAAUAAAUUCAAAAGUACGGACACCUCCUGUCAGAUGGCGGGACUAAGAGAUACCUACAAGGACUCCAUCAAAGCAUUUGCAGAAAAGCUGUCUGUGAAAUUAAAGGAAGAAGAACGAAUGGUUGAGAUGUUUCUGGAAUAUCAAAAUCAGAUCAGCAGGCAAAAUAAGCUCAUUCAAGAAAAAAAGGAUAACUUGUUAAAAUUGAUUGCUGAAGUAAAAGGCAAAAAGCAGGAAUUGGAAGUACUGACUGCAAAUAUCCAGGAUCUUAAGGAAGAAUAUUCUAGGAAGAAGGAAACUAUUUCUACUGCUAAUAAAGCGAAUGCAGAGAGGUUGAAAAGGCUGCAGAAAUCUGCAGACUUGUAUAAAGAUCGACUUGGACUAGAAAUUCGAAAAAUUUAUGGUGAGAAAUUGCAGUUUAUAUUCACUAAUAUUGACCCUAAGAAUCCUGAGAGCCCAUUUAUGUUUUCCCUGCAUCUAAAUGAAGCAAGGGACUAUGAAGUGUCAGAUAGUGCCCCUCAUCUUGAGGGCCUAGCAGAAUUUCAAGAGAAUGUAAGGAAGACCAACAAUUUUUCAGCUUUUCUUGCCAAUGUUCGGAAAGCUUUUACUGCCACGGUUUAUAAUUAAGGCUCUGCUUGACCCCCUCGUAGGCCUGCUGUGCUCUGUUGCCACCCAAAUCCAGAGGAAAAAGACAUCUAAGUCCUCACUGCUGUUGUCUACCAGAUAACUCUGUGA